AUUCAUCUCAAGUUCUGUCACGUUUCUUGUUUCCUCCUUCUGUUCUUGCUCUCUCGAGGAUCAUUUUGCUAGACCUUGUCUUUCCAGAAUGGCACUCAGGGACCGACGCAGGGCUCUGGGGCCGUCAUACAUGGAGCGCAAUCGCGUGACUGAGGACUUUAGCAGAGAAGAUUACACGGUGGGCUGGAUUUGUGCCCUGGCUCCCGAAUUGGCGGCAGCAGCAGCGAUGCUGGAUGAAACGUACGCGCCACCUGCGGCUUUCCAGCAGGACCUCAACGAUUCCAACGUCUAUUCUUACGGACGCAUGGGACGGCACAAGGUCGUCAUUGCAUCACUCGGUGCUGGGAUGCCCGGUAAGGUACCUGCAAGUACGACGGCGACCAACCUCCUGCGCAGCUUCCCGAAAAUCCGCUUCGGCCUGAUGGUGGGCAUCGGUGGCGGAAUCCCAGCCAAAACCGCUGAGGACUCAGCCGAUGAUAUCCGCCUCGGAGAUGUAGUGGUUUCAGUUCCCCAUGGCGAGUCUGGAGGGGUUGUCCAGUACGACCAUGGAAAGAUCGUCCACGAAGGCCAAUUUGUCCAGACCGGAUCGCUGGGAAAGCCACCGACUAUCCUCUUGAAAGCAGUUCAGAGAGUCCAGGCACAACAUGAUAUACAGGAAAGCGGCAUCCCGGAACUAAUCGGGAAGAUUCUGCAGGAUCGGCCCAAAAUGGCUGUCAAAUACCGACGUCCAGACGCGGAAGACCGUCUGUACCAGGCCCAGUACGAGCAUCCUGCUGGUACAAAGAACUGCAGCCGAUGUGACGCACGUUACUUGAUGCAGCGGCCAGCGCGGGACAGCGAGGAGCCCGUCAUUCACUAUGGGCUCAUCGGCUCCGCGGACCGCGUCAUGCUCCACGGCCCGACUCGCGACUACCUCCGCACAGCCAAGAACAUCAUCUGUCUGGAGAUGGAAGCUGCCGGGCUGAUGGAUAAUUUCCCCUGCCUGGUGAUCCGCGGGAUCAGUGACUAUGCCGACACCCACAAAUCGGACCGAUGGCAUGGUUACGCUUCCAUCGUGGCUGCAGGCUACGCCAAAGAGUUAUUGACUUUCGUGCCGGAGCUGACCCGGGAGCCCACGGCGGUGGAACUGAUGCCGCCAGGACGCUGGAUCAAUUCCCGGCGCAAAUGACGAAGUUCAACCAGGUAUUUAAAUCCCUCGCGUCGUCUCAGCAGCCAGGCACGAUUUACCCUGUCCCAUAUCGAAGAGAUGGGAUUCCAUC